AUGGGCUCCCUGCAGCAGCGCUUCCAGACCUUCCUCGACCAGCCCAACCUGCUCACCGACCUGCUGGGCCGGCUGGAGGCCAAGACCGGCGUCAAGCGCUACUAUCUGGCCACAGGUACCAUCACUUUCCUGGGGCUCUACCUCAUGUUCGGAUAUGGUGCUUCGCUGCUGUGCAACCUCAUUGGCUUUGUCUACCCAGCCUACAUUUCCAUCAAAGCCAUUGAAAGCACCGACAAGGACGACGAUACCAUGUGGCUCACGUACUGGGUGGUCUAUGGAGUCUUCAGUGUGGCAGAGUUUUUUUCCGACACCUUCCUCUACUGGUUCCCGUUUUACUAUGCUGGAAAGUGCCUGUUCCUGGUCUGGUGCAUGGCGCCUGUCUCCUGGAAUGGCUCCCAGGUGUUGUACCAAAGUGUCAUCCGGCCCUUCUUCCUGAAGCACCACCGGGUAGUAGACAGCGUGAUCAGUGACCUGAGCGGCACAGCGCUCGACGCUGCUUCGACAGUCACCAGAGAAGCAUCCAAAGCAGCAGUGAACCUUGGUCUAGAAUCUGACAAGACCAAGUGA